AACGCAAACUACAGUGUCGUUAUGAUCUCCAAUCACUACGGCUUUUCAAUGGCAACUGGCGAACUAUUUCGAUGGGACAACCGCGGUACUCUUGCGGAGUCGCCACAUCCCGCCUUUACACAUGUUUGCUGGACCACAGAGUUUGCCUGGAUGUUCCACCGUACGGCACCGACAACAUCGCUCACGGAGGACUUGCAUGGGGAAAAGCUUGGGAGCUGCUGGGCCACCAGUCACUAUCCGAAGGCACGUCGUGGAGCUACCUGCGAUGUCCUCGCAUCUGUGUUUCAAAGAUCGACAAACUUUGAGGCUAGGAAAGACCGAGUUAGCAAACGUCCUUUACUGGAAUACCAUGAUGUGCCACCUCCGAGUAGCGAAUAAUAAAUCCA